AUGCACGAUCCUUUCGAUAUUUUACUUCGUAUCAAGGCAAUAUCAUAUUCAGCUAUAAAUUCCGUAGGCAGCCACAGCCAUCAUCAUCAUCAUCAUCACCAUCACCAUCAUAAACCAUCUGAUACUAAAAGAAAAAUAUCAAUAUGCGACGACUUCCCAAAAAAUAUACCUCCACCCGACACGGAGACCACAUCCUAUCUCUGCGUGGAUAAGAAGGGCUGCUGCAAUUUCACGACGGUGCAAUCAGCUGUGGACGCAAUCGGCAAUUUUAGUCAGAAAAGGAACGUGAUUUGGAUCAACUCCGGCUUGUACUAUGAAAAAGUGGUGAUUCCGAAGACUAAACCAAACAUAACGUUGCAAGGACAAGGGUUCGAGACUACGGCCAUAGCGUGGAACGAUACGGCCUACUCGGCUAACGGCACUUUUUAUUGUGCCUCGGUCCAAGUCUUUGGCUCUCAGUUCGUCGCUAAGAACAUUAGUUUCAUGAACGUGGCUCCGAUACCGAAGCCGGGAGAUGUAGGAGCUCAGGCAGUGGCGAUAAGAAUAGCCGGGGAUGAAUCGGCGUUUGUGGGAUGUGGUUUCUUUGGAGCUCAAGACACUCUUCAUGACGAUAGAGGUCGUCAUUACUUCAAGGAUUGCUACAUUCAGGGCUCUAUCGAUUUCAUCUUUGGCAACGCUAAAUCUCUCUAUCAGGACUGUCAAAUAAUAUCAAUGGCGAACCAACUUAGCCCAGGGUCAAAGGCGAUCAACGGAGCCGUGACUGCAAACGGCCGUAGCUCAAAGGACGAGAACAGUGGCUUCUCCUUCGUCAACUGCUCAAUCGGCGGCACAGGACACGUGUGGCUAGGUCGUGCAUGGAGGCCUUACUCACGUGUCAUCUUCGUUUCCACUUCCAUGACCGAUGUUAUCGCGCCCGAAGGCUGGAACGAUUUCAAUGAUCCUUCUAGGGACAUGACAAUAUUUUAUGGAGAGUAUAAUUGUACGGGUCUAGGAGCCGAGCCGUCAAAGAGAGCAUCGUACGUUCAGAAGCUUAAUGAGACUCUAGUGGCUCAGUUCAUUAACAUGUCUUAUAUUGAUGGAGAUCAGUGGUUACAAUUUUCCGAUCUGUGA